GUGGAGGUGGGUAUAUAAGGCGCGGUGGGACUCUGCAAACAUUAAUUCCCGUUAAGUGAUCCCUACAUUCACGCAUCUCAGCAUGUUACGUAAAAGUCUUGUGAUAGUUUUACUUUUGUGCAUCAUACACGCGAGCUUGAGUAAACCCACAGCAAGCAAAGAGCUAACAGAGGGUCGCGGUAUCGUUUCAACAAUAUGGGGAUAUAUAACAUAUCCAUUCACAUUUUGGCGGUACAGCGAACCAGACCCGGUUGUGACCAACAUCGGAACAACGACAUACGGGCCUAACGACAUCAUAGAGAUUGGAAAACACAACGUCACUAUAUGGUGCAACGAUCAAACUUGUACGACAAUGAAAUGCGACAAAAUAGGAUGUAGGAAUAUCUCAUGUAGUAUUUACGACACUGACAUGACUGGCGAGUGUCGAGAAUACAACACUCUUAACCCUGAAGAAACACCGAGCCCCCCCGUCACUCCAAAGCCGUUUGAGAACAAAGUUACGCAAGCGACAGCUGUGGUUGCGUCUAGCGUGUCUCCUACUCCGGCGCCUACGACAAUUGACAACAAUCCAAAGGAUGAACAUCUACUUGAAUUAGAACAAGCACUAUCAUCUACAAUAGAAGUACGCCCCAAAGAUCCGGUUGAAACAUCCUCCGUUGAGAAACCACGUAACAAGAUCUGAAUGAAAUACCGAGCCCGGAGCCAAUACCAUCAUUCAUCAAAGAUGUAUACGUUACAAUACCUAAUAACGUUAAUUCCACGCUGCGAUAUUCCAACUAGAAUUUUGAACAAGCUCAUAACAAACGUACAAAUGGACUUGGAUUGGUUCUACACUGCAUUUCACUACGAAAAUUGUAAAACCAAAUACUGUAAAUAUUUACAAAUCAGAAAAAAAUGUGCAACAAAUAAAAUUUAAAAAAAUGAUUUAAAUAUAAAUAAAAACUACUGCUUCCCCUGGAAGAAGUGA